UUCAUUGGUUACUUGAAACUCAGUCGAUAUAGCCGGUAUUUCUUCAUAUGUUACACACACGUGGGUGAAAUAGUGCUUCUAUAUCUUCAAACGUCUUGUGAAUAGCUUACAUACAUUAGUGGGUGGAUAUAAAACAGUGAAACAGCACGAUGGGAAUUCCUGUGAUAUCAGACGUCAUGGACACGAUCUACGAUGCGCACAGAAAAUACGCGGAUCCACGUACCAAAGACUGGUUUAUGCUUUGGAGCAACCCGAUCCCAAUUUGGAUACUCACUAUCUCAUAUCUGGUGUUUUCGAUAUGGUUAGGACCAUGGUACAUGAAGGAUCGAAAACCAUACAACCUGAGAACAUUUAUGGUUGUCUACAACCUCGGAUUGGUGGUGUUGUCCAUGUAUUUAGUUGUUGAGAUGUUACUAAGCACGUCUGAGGCAGGGUAUAACUGGAUGUGCUCGCCAUACAAUGAAAACACCUGGAAAAAUCCAAAAGAGUUGAGGGUUGCAAACGUAUUAUGGCUCUACGGAUUUUCCAAGGUCAUCGAGCUUCUGGACACGGUUUUGAUGAUUCUCCGUAAGAAGGGAAAUCAGGUCACGUUUCUCCACCUUUUCCAUCACGGAGUAAUGCUCAAUAUCUGGUGGUGGGUGCCCACAUUUACACCAGGUGGACAGACAUGGUUUGGUUCUUGGCUAAACUGCCUGGUACAUGUCGUCAUGUACUCCUACUACGGUCUCGCUGUAAUUCCGUCCCUUAGAGAUAAACUCUGGUGGAAAAAGUAUAUCACCACAUUUCAACUGGUUCAGUUUGUCAUCACAUUUUCCCAUGUGAUUAACACCUAUAUUUCCGGAUGCGAUUUCCCGAUGUGGGGCCAGUAUCUUCUUGGGGGAUUCAUGGUCAGCAUGCUGAUCUUGUUUGGCAACUUCUACUUCCAACAGUACCUGAAGAAAUCCCACGCCAAACACCAUGCAAAGAAAACAGACUCGGCAAAUGGUGUCAGCCACACCCAGCAUCAAACUGGGUCUUCCCAUGAACAAAAUGGGAAUUCCCAUGAGCAGAAUGGGAAAUCCCAUAUUCAUAACGGGAACCACAAAAAUUAUUACGUUCCCAAUGGUACAACAAAUGGGUCUCAUAAAUGGAAAUGAUGUGACAAUAGGCUUAGUUCUAUCUAAUAAUUCUUAGAUCAUCUUUGAAAAAUGUUUGUUAGCUGUGGCCCAACCAAUUGACCAAAAAUGCCCCAUUUGAGAAAUAUUUGUCCUCUGGGACAGGCAAAACAUUUAUUUAGCAUGUUGUUAAUAACUCUUGUGGAACUGUUUCAUAAAAGAAUCUUUAUCAUAGAACAUCAACAAGUAAAAAUGUAGGAACGGAAACAAGUUAAUUUCUUGAUUUCAAGUCCAGUUCUUACAAAUAUAUAGCGAAAUAAUGGAAAUAUGAAACUUAUAUGAGAUAUUUUCACUUAAUGACAGAGACCUUUAAUGAAACAGGCCUGUGCGUAAAGCAUUCAGGGAUAAAGACAAAUAUUUCCACAUCGACCCAACUGACUAAAGUCUGGGCCAGGGCACUGCAAAUGAACAAAUAUUUAAGGAUGGCCUUAUGUUGCAUACACAUCUAUCAUACUCACCUAGAUAUCUGUAACUUUAUCGAAUGCCUGAGUCAAAACGUGUUAUACUUAGAGUCAAAUUGGCUACCGUAUAUUUUGAUUGUGUGAAUGAUAAUGUUUGGAUUUGUAUGAUGUAAUUGUACGGAUCUUUUAUAAAUGCGGAAUGCAUGUUUUCAGAAAAAAGCUUUCACACUGUAAAUGAAAGUAUGAAUGUUAGCAAUAUUUGAAUAAACGUCAGGAUAUUAGUUAUAUUGGAACAAUGCAUAUCAAAUUCAUGAAUGGUUAUUGCAAACAUGGCUUUGUUUGAUUUUUAUAAUUGCUAGCUUGUUGCUUUUUUCUCAAAGUAUUUGUGUCGUUGUCAGCAUUAACAUGCAAAAGCAUAACCUUGGCCAUAACUCAAAACCCAUUGAAGAUGUUCAAAUGAAACUUGGUACACAUGUUCCCAGAGACAAUACACACAGGUAUAGCAAGUCCAAUAACUCAUUCUUAAUAAUAGUUGAGUUAUGCCCCUUUUUCAACUUAAAGAACAACAACAGAUUUUUACGAUCGCUUUGCAGCGAUCUGAUUUUGUCUUACAUACAGUGUACAUGAAAAUUGUGUAUGUUUUUGUUUUGUUAUCAUUAUACGAACAAUUAAAUAUUCAUAAAGAUUUGAUGAAAGUAAGCGGAAAAAUCAACCAUGUCUAAAUUCAGCCACUUCCAUUUUGUUUUCAAAAAGUGUAAUAUAUUAUCACCCAUCACUUCUGUUAUUUAAUUUGCCAUUGUAUGGAUCAUAGUGAUUUCACAAAAACUUAAAAUUUGUUGAUCUGUAAUUAUAUGAUGCUUGAACAUGUAUCAUUAUCAUUUAGCGAAUUAUUAGAGUUCUUGCUAUUUUUAUUGUAAUUUUAUGAUACCAAAACCAUUGUAUAAUAUACCUUUAAAAUCAUGUAAGCUGUCGGAGACAAUUUGGUGCCAUUUUUUAUUAAAGAAAGAGAGAGAGAAAAAAAAAUUCAAGCUGUUAUCAUUUUCUUUAAGAACAUUUUAUGGAUUAUUAUAAGGUAUUCUGUUGAAAAUUGUCAAAUCAAUCUAUUUUAGAUUACUUUAUUUCGCGAUUAUAACAUAUAAUGUGUUACAAUGUCUCUCAUUUUAUUUGAAAAUAUUUACAAUUAUACAAAUAUGAUUUACUGAUUAUUAUUGAAUCUUCAAGAAUGGCCCAAAUUAUAUUUGCUCACAGCUAGGUUGUUGAGGGAGGAGGUUGUCCUAUAUACAAUCAUGUAAAUCAAUGGAAAUAAAAUUCAUUCUUUGUCCAAAAGUUUAAAAAUUAAUCAAUGUGGCAUUUCUUAAUUGUGUUAAUGGUCAUUAAUCAAGUAAAUAAAUUGUGGGACUUUUCAAGUACUUGUCAUGGGUUUAGUUGAACAAAAAUGCAGUCAAAUUUUUCAACAAUUUAAGUCACAGAAAUCUGAUUUUUGUUUGUGUUUGUUUACAAAGCAAAUAUGUAGUUGUUUAUAUAAUGGCAUUACAAGAAAAAUUCUUCCAGAUGAAUAUGUGUAGUUCUUAAAGCAUACCAUAUUUUGCAUUGAACAGUUCCAUAGAAGGAUAUUGACAAUGGGCCGAUUGUUCAGAACUUUCUUAAAGAUAAUAGUGUUGUUAACAUCAUCAUUGUUAACUUUCAAAAUUUUACUGGUUUGGAAGUUUAAUGGAUACACUUGUGAUCUGCAGUGUUUCUAUCAAGAUUUGAGACCGUUUUAGCACAUCAUCAAAGAUUUCACAUUUAAAACUUUACAGUAAUGAUGUUUUUCAUGUCGUUAACAUUAACAAAGUUUUGAACAAUCUGCCCAUUGUGUUAGAUAUUGUUAACAGAAUGAAAUAGAGAGGUUACAAAAAACGAAGAGUACUUGAACUUGAACAAGACUAAACUAAACUAAAAUAUCUUAUUAAAACGUGACCCUGAACUUGUACAAUGUACACAUACCAGGAAGACAUGGUGAAAAAACACACCUGGAGGACAUACCUGCAGAAAAAGUAGCUUACAUAUACACAUACAAGUAGAGAAUUGUGACAUCUCUUAGAUCUAAAACUAUUGCGUAGCUAAUGUUUUUUAUGUAUACAUGUAUUUUUGAUAACAUGUUAUUUUGACACAUAUUAGGUUAUCUAACAUUUCCAUGUAUUUCUUAUCUUAUGCUGCAUAUCAGCUGUCUGAAUAACUAUAAUAGUUAAAUUUUAUACAACUACUUGAAAAAUAUAAUAUUUCAAGAUACGUUUGUAUGUUACAACUAAUACAUGUAUUAUAUGAUAUCCAUUGUAGCCAAUAAUCAGCCAUAAUAUAAUCUUUCCAAUUUUGACAUAGUUUUGUCAAUUGACUGUUACUAUAACCAUUAUGCCAUUAUCCUAAUGAAGAAAAACUGUUAAAUAAUACUUGUACAUUUAUAAUUCAUGUUCAAAUGUUGUCUGCUACAAUUAAGAUUAGUUUAUAACAAAAAUCUCCGGUAUAUUUUGUUUGUUAAACAGGGGUGAUCACUUGUAUAUUUCGAUGGUAGUUAGGAAUUCUCUGACAUAAUACUGCUUGACUUUCUCACACUGCCUGAUACAUGUGCAUGGCUAGGUCUUCAACAUUUCUUUGGUUGUUAUCAAUUUGAUAUUUUUCACUGUUACAGAAUUUCAACUUGCUCUUGUCCUAUAUCAAACACCAGGUCGCACAGAGCUGGGACACAAUUUCAAUAUUUCUCUCGCAAACAAAUUGGCAUGCUGUUUUGAAACUGUCGUUUCAUAUCCUAUUAAGGCAUAAAAUAAAAAGAAGAAAUAAUGUUUGUUUCAAUGUUAGAUGGCAAUAAAUUUCACCUUGUUCACAUCAAGCCUCAAUGUUUGACAUGGAAUACUAAUGUAGCUUCUAAGGUUAAACGUCAAGGUCACCGUCUGAUAAACAAUGCUAUGUUGUUUCUAAGGUUAAAUGUCAAUGUCAAUGUUUGGUAUACAAUGCUAUGUUGUUUCUUAGGUUAAGUGUAAAGGUCACUGUUUGAUAUAAAAUGCUAUAUUGUCUUUAAAGGUUAAAUGUCAAGGUCACUGUUUGAUAUGAAAUACUACAUUGCUUCUACAGUUUCUUUAGAUCACUGUUUGAUGUAAAAUGCAUUUUUGUUUCAAAGGUAAAAGGUCAAGGUUAUUGUUUGACAUCAACCUUGUUUUGUUUAAAGUUCUAAAAAUUCUGUUUUAAAUAUGAAUUUUAAAGCAUAUGAAGUCUGUUCUUUUAUUUUUAUCUGUAAAUGCAAUUACAUUCCAUUCCAUUUUCUUAUUGAAUUUGAAUGUGUUUGUGACAAUCUUUGAUUACUAUGUUCUUAAUCCGGCACUAGGCUGAUUUAACUAAGCAUGUUCUAUGAAUGUUUUCAUAGUUGUUCUGUUAUGCAUUUUGCUCUUGCAUUUUCUAAUUUUCAUCAUUUUAUUUAUAAACAUUCUUUUUGUAAAACCAUUUUAUAUUGUCAUACAUCAAAAUGAAUAAAACUGUAUUGCUUUUGUGCCUUUUACAUUUGUUUAUGAAAUAAAAUUAGUGAUUCCA